CCCCAGGUUCUUGACUUUCAUCAAACGGUUGAGGUAAGUGGCAUUAAGUUCUGGUGCUAUACUGCUGGCCAUGUCCUUGGUGCUGCCAUGUUUAUGGUGGACAUUGCGGGUGUUCGAGUCCUCUAUACUGGAGAUUAUUCUCGAGAAGAAGAUCGCCAUCUCCGUGCUGCUGAGCUCCCACAAUUCUCUCCUGAUAUAUGCAUAAUUGAAUCCACUUAUGGUGUCCAGCUCCAUCAACCACGGCACAUUCGUGAGAAGCGCUUCACUAAUGUUAUUCACACAACUAUUUCUCAUGGUGGUCGUGUUCUAAUUCCAGCAUUUGCCCUUGGCCGUGCCCAAGAGCUUCUCCUAAUCCUUGAUGAAUAUUGGUCAAACCAUCCUGAGCUCCACAAUAUUCCAAUAUAUUAUGCUUCUCCACUUGCCAAAAAGUGUAUGGCUGUUUAUCAGACAUAUAUCCUUUCCAUGAAUGAGAGGAUUCGCAACCAGUUUGCAAACUCAAACCCCUUCAAAUUUAAGCACAUUUCACCAUUAAAUAGCAUGGAGGACUUCAAUGAUGUAGGCCCAGCGGUGGUGAUGGCCAGCCCUGGUGGACUUCAGAGCGGCUUGUCACGACAAUUAUUUGACAUAUGGUGCUCUGAUAAGAAAAAUGCUUGUGUCAUACCGGGUUAUGUUGUUGAAGGGACAUUGGCGAAAUCCAUAAUUAGUGAACCAAAAGAAGUGACUCUUAUGAAUGGUCUCACCGCUCCUCUCAACAUGCAGGUCCAUUACAUAUCCUUCUCUGCCCAUGCAGACUAUGCUCAGACAAGUACAUUUUUGAAAGAACUCAUGCCUCCUAACAUAAUUCUUGUUCAUGGUGAAUCGCAUGAAAUGGGGAGGCUCAAAAUGAAGCUUCUGACUGAGUUUGCGGAUUGCAACACCAAAAUUAUCACCCCAAGGAAUUGUCAGUCUGUUGAAAUGUAUUUUAAUUCGGAAAAGAUGGCCAAAACCAUUGGAAGGCUGGCCGAGAAAACCCCAGAAGUUGGUGAGACGGUCAGUGGUAUACUUGUAAAGAAAGGAUUCACUUAUCAGAUAAUGGCUUCUGAUGAUCUCCACUUCUUCUCACAGCUAUCCACAGCAAAUAUUACUCAAAGGAUUACUAUCCCAUACUCUGGUGCCUUAGGUGUGGUAAAGUUUCGACUUGAACAGAUAUAUGAGAGUGUCGAGUCAUCAACAGAUGAGGAGUCUGGGUUUCCCACAUUGCGAGUGCAUGAUCGAGUAACUCUGAAGCAAGACUCAGAGAAGCAUCUUUCAAUGCAUUGGACUUCAGAUCCUAUAAGUGACAUGGUAUCCGAUUCUAUAGUGGCACUCGUUCUAAAUAUCAGUCGAGAGUUCCCCAAGGUAGUCAUUGAAUCUGAAGCUGUGAAAUCUGAGGAAGAAAGUGGGAAGAAAGUGGAAAAGGUUAUUCAUGCACUGCUUGUCUCACUCUUUGGAGAUGUGAAAUUAGGAGAGAAUGGAAAGCUCGUGAUAGGCGUUGAUGGGAAUGUGGCACAUCUUGAUAUACAGAGUGGAGAUGUUGAGAGUGAAAAUGAAGGCCUCAAGGAAAGAGUGAGAACAGCGUUUCGACGAAUUCAAAGCGCUGUAAAGCCUAUCCCACUGUCUGCAUCUUAACAUGUCUUUUCUUCUAAUGUAUUUCCCAUCUCCACUAAACAUGUUCCGGGAUUUUGAUGGAAUUUUGGAGACCUUGAUUUACUGCAGUUUAUAAUUUGUAUGUUGUGUAGAAUGUAGAUUGUAAUGAACUGGAACUUUUCAGCCGUCUUUUUGUAUAACUUAGCACUGAAUUAGACCAUGGAUA